AUGCUUUCCACAUCAAGCGAUCCAUUUGAUGUCGCAAGAGAUGAAGUGGAAGCAGCAGUUCGUAAGGCAGUGCAGGGUGCUGUUUUCGGCAAGGAUGGUGAACAGCAGAGGUGGCAGCGUUUGCUACAAAGCGAGAACACAGCAGACAGUCGCAUCUUCCAGGUGAUUGCAGAAGCUAAGUUAGCUGAGUUUAGGCGGGGCACCGCUCGCAUCCUCGCUCGUCUGGAGGAGCGAAAUGAGGAACUGUUGGCCGAGCUAGCGCAGCUCAGUGCAGACCUUGCAGAGGCUGGGGCGGUAGAGGCCAAUCGAGAACGCUUCCACCUCAGUGACGAGCAGCUCGCUGCUAGAAAGGCCGCCCACCUGGAGAUAGAGUCCAGCCUUUCAAGCGCAGCGGUGCAAAAGAAGCUUGAAGAGGACAGGAAGCAAGUGCUACUCCGCAAGCAAAGACAGGCACAAGAAACUGAACAAAGGCAGCUGGCCCAAGAAAGCAAAGCCUUCCUUGAAGAGCAACGGCUGCUGCAGAAACAGCUGAUCGCCCAGCAGGAGGACAACUCACCCCGCACAAUAUGA